GGGGCGCUGUUUGUUGGCGGCGGGCACCGAGCGGGGCCGGGGCCGCUCCCGCUGCCCCCGCCCGGGCCCGCCCCGCUCGCGUCGCUCCGCGCUGGAUUGCUCGCGCCUGGCCGGCGCCGUCUGGGGCCCGGCGGGCGGCGCGGCCAGGCCCGCUCAGCCGAGCGCAGAGGCGGCCGCAGGAACAAUACGGCGGCGGGCGCGGAGCCGCGCGGCCGCCCCGCACCAUGUACGCGUUCGUGCGGUUCCUGGAGGACAACGUGUGCUACGCGCUCCCCGUGUCCCGCGUGCGGGACUUCAGCCCCACCUCCCAGCAGGACUUCGACAACCAGAAGGUCUACACCGUGUACCGCAACCCCGAGGAGGCGGCGGACGAGGACGACGAGAGCCCCGGCGAGUGGGGCGACCGGCUGCUGCUGCACAAGGCCCAGAUCCUGGCGCUGGCAGAGGACAAAACUGACCUUGAGAACAGUGUGAUGCAGAAGAAAAUUAAAAUCCCCAAACUCUCUCUCAAUCACAUAGAAGAAGCUGGGGAAGUUGCAGAUUAUGGGGAAGAAGAUGUGGAACUUAGACACAGUAAGAGACAAGAUGGGAGGAAACAAAGUGAAGGUACACACAAAAGCAUUGAAGCAGUUGUUGCUCGCCUUGAAAAACAGAACGGGAUGAGUCUCAGUAAUACUUCCAGCCCUGAGGAGGCUUUUAUGGAGGCUACAGAAGGCAUGAACAAUAUGGACGAUGCUGUAGUUCCUCGGAUUCUCUAUGAGGAAUUGCUGAGGAGUUACCAGCAGCAACAGGAAGAGAUGAGACACAUUCAACAGGAGCUUGAGAGAACGCGGAGACAGCUUGUGCAACAGGCAAAGAAGCUAAAGGAGUAUGGGGCACUCGUGUCAGAAAUGAAAGAGCUCAGAGACUUGAACAGGAGGCUCCAGGAUGUACUGCUCCUAAGACUAGGUAGUGGACCUGCCAUUGAGGUUGAAAAAGUAAAACCUGAAUCAAUUGAGCCCGAACCUGAGGUACAGAAGACCUUCAGUGAGGAAGCAAAUACAUCAACGUACUACCCUGCCCCUGUUCCAGUAAUGGACAAGUAUAUUCUCGAGAAUGGAAAGGUCCAUCUUGGCAGUGGAAUUUGGGUAGAUGAGGAGAAAUGGCACCAGCUGCAAGUAACACAAGGAGAUUCAAAGUAUACAAAAAAUCUAGCGGUUAUGAUUUGGGGAACAGAUGUUCUCAAGAACAGAAGUGUCACAGGAGUUGCAACCAAAAAAAAGAAAGAUGCCGUUCCCAAGCCACCUCUCUCACCUCACAAAUUAAGCAUUGUCAGAGAAUGUUUGUAUGAUAGAAUAGCACAAGAAACUGUGGAUGAAACUGAAAUUGCACAGAGACUCUCCAAAGUCAACAAGUACAUCUGUGAAAAAAUCAUGGAUAUCAAUAAAUCAUGUAAAAAUGAAGAAAGGAGGGAAAUUGCAAAGUACAAUUUGCAAUAAAUUUUGGAUUUUUAAUAAAGUCUUAGUGUUUUA